UCUCUCUCUCUUUCUCGACCUUUCGUUCUCUCACACACUGGCCCUCCUCUCUCUCUCGCGAUCGCGACCUCUCGACCUCUAUCUCAAACACGAGCUCAGUGAUCGGCUAGGGCAUUAUGUCUCUCAACCUCUCGGUGAUUGCACAGCAGAUCUGAAGAAGACGAAGCUAUUCAGUAAUGGAGUUUUACGAAUUGCCUUAGGAAUCCUCUUAUUCUUCGGGAUAGGGUGCGGACAGAUGGAUAAGACUUGGAUGGGGAUUAGGGAUAGACGACGCCUUGAAUACCGUGAAGGAGUUAAAAAAUUCAUGGAGUUCGCUUUUGCCCACACUGAACCUGGGAAAAUGAUAUGUUGUCCGUGUGUGAAAUGCAAUAACGUUUAUUUUCAAACUCAUGAUGAUGUGGAAACUCAUUUGUAUUACCAUGAUAUAGUUAAAGAUUACAUUAUGUGGGUAUUUCAUGGGGAAGAGUUUGAGUUGAGCAACAACGAUGAUGAUGAUGAGCCUAACGAAGAAGAUGAAAAUGAUCACGAGGAUAUGCAAGAAAUGAUUUAUGAACAUUACACUGCGGCAACUGUGAAUGCUUGGGAAGGAGAGAAUUUGAACAUUACUGGGAAUGCAGUGCCUGAUUGGGAAACAAAUAAAUUUAUGAGAUUAUUGAAGGAUGCUAACCAACAGUUGUAUCCGGGUUGCAAGAAGUUCACCAAUUGCACUUGAAAGUACUAAAUCGAGUGAGUAAUAAAAUGUUUAGUAUGAUGCUCGAGCUAUUUAAGGAGGCACUUCCUGUUGGUGAGACACUUCCUAGCUCCUAUUAUGAGGCUAAAAAGAUCAUUCGUGACAUGGGGCUUGACUAUACAAGGAUUCAUGCUUGCAAAAACGACUGCAUCUUAGUUUGGAAGGAGCACAAAGAUAAACAAGAGUGUAUUGAAUGCAAAGAAGCCUAGAUAUAAAUUUGAUGAGGGAAAACGAAAGCAGAUUCCUCAAAAAAUCUUACGUUAUUUCCCACUAAAACCAAGACUACAAAAGUUAUUUGUUUCAAAGAAGAUAGCAUUAGAUAUGCGGUGGCACAUAGAGAAGCACGUCGAUGAUGGUUUGCCGAGGCAUCCAGCUGACACAGAAGCCUGGAAAGAAUUUGACAAAAUGCAUGAAUCCUUUGCCCAAGAUCCUCAUAAUGUUAGGCUUGGGCUAGCAAGUGAUGGAUUCAAUCCAUUUUCAAACAUGAGCACUACUUAUUGCAUAUGGCCUGUUUUUCGUGUUCCAUAUAACCUACCACCAUGGAAAUGUAUGAAGGAUCUCUUUUUCAUUAUGUCAAUGCUAAUUCCAAGACCCAAAUCUGCAGGAAAUGACAUUGAUGUAUAUUUGCAGCCAUUGAUAGAAGAGUUGAAAGAGUUGUGGGAGGAUGGUGUUCAGACUUAUGAUGCCUUCACUGGUGCCAAUUUUCUAUUGCAUGCUGCAGUUAUAUGGACUAUAAAUGACUUCCCAACAUACGGCAACUUAUCAGGAUGGAGUACUAAAGGAUUUUUGGCUUGUCCUACCUGCAAUAAGGAGACGUCAUCUAUGUGGCUAAAGAAUGGAAAAAAGAUUUGUUACAUGGGUCAUCGACGCUUUUUACCAAUCGAUCAUGUAUGGCGACAUAAAAAGAAUUCUUUUGAUGGAAAAAAAGAACUUCGGGAGGCACCGAUAUCUCUUUCUGGGGAUGAUGUGCUUGAGCCAUUGAGUCACAUUGAAACAGUAAAAUUUGGGAAGACAAAACCAAAGAAAAGGAAGCGUGACGAGCAGUUAAGUUGGACAAAAAGUAGUAUUUUCUUCAAAUUGCCUUAUUGGAAAACCCUUAAACUGCGACAUAAUUUGGAUGUCAUGCACGUGGAGAAAAAUUUGUGUGAUAGUAUUUUGGCUACUUUAAUGAAAAUUGAUGGUAAAACAAAGGACAACAUCAAGACUCGUCUUGACUUGCAAACCAUGGGUAUAAGGCAUCAAUUACACAUGAAGCUUGAUGGUAGUUCCUAUAAAAUGCCUCCAGCAUGCUACACAAUGUCCAUGGCUGAAAAAAAAGAAUUUUUGUAAGUUCCCGGCUUCUGUGAAAUUCCCAGACGGCUACGCUUCAAACAUAUCAAGAUGUGUGAAUAGUAAGGAAUGUCGAAUUGUUGGCAUGAAGAGUAAUGAUAGUCACGUACUUUUACAACGGUUAUUCCCACUUGCAAUACGUGGAUCU